AUGGAAUCCGACGCCGAGGAGGAGGCGGCGGCGACCCCGGCGGCGGCGGGGGCACCAGGCGCUAGGAGGCUGAAGGGGAGCCCGGAGCUGACUGUGGACGCGGACAUGCGGGAGAUGGCGAAGACGGCCGCGUGGAGCGUCAUUUCCUGCAAGGCCGGCAACGGCGUCGCGGCACUACGCGACGACAACCUCGACACCUACUGGCAGUCUGAUGGGGCGCAGCCGCACCUGGUGAGCAUCCAGAUCCAGAAGAAGGUGCAGCUGCAGGUAAUUCAAAUAGCUGAGGAACUUGUAGUUGCAAUUGUUAAUUAUGCACCUUCCUUAAUACGAAAACAGAUAAUGUACCUCUCUUCAACUGUGUGA